AUUCGAUUUUCUGCUGCCCGAUGACGAUGGCCCGGCCCGACGACGACCUUGCCGUUGACGUCGCCGUGCGAACGACGUGCGACAUGCUCGCAGACGACCCGAUGGACGAAGAAGAGGUCGAGGACGACGACGAAGAUGAGGACGACGAGAUGGACGCCUGCAGCAGCAGCAAUUGCAGUAGCAGCACCGAAGACGACAGUGUCCCGUCCAAGAGGUACUGGCGAGAGCAGCUCGAGUUUCUGCGAGAAUGCUCUGGCGGUGAAGACGACGACGAGCAUGCUGACGACGCGCUCACUGCCCACAAGCGCGCCGGUACGCGCGCCAAGCCGCGCAAAACGGCCGCCAAGCCCGUCGCGACGCGGACGCGGGUGUGGACGCAGGUCGUGGGCUUUGACGACCUCAAGCAGUGGUUCCACGUACCGAUGAAAGAGGCCGCACUCCAUUUUGGCGUGCAAAUCACAUCGCUCAAGAAGAUGUGCCGGCGCAAUGGCAUCAAGCGAUGGCCGCACCGCCAAGUGCGGUCGCUCUCGCGCGCGAUCGACUCGAUCAUGUCGGCCAUGGGCACCGCGUCGCCCAAAGAAAAACAGGAGCUCGAGCAAAUGGCGCUCGAGUUGCGACAGAAGCGGCAGUCGGUCAUUGACUUCCCCAACAAGCAGCAGUCCUCGCAGCAGCCAUCGUCACAAUCGCACUUUUCGACCGUCGUCACCAAGGCGAUCGUGUCCCCCUCGGCGUUUAGCGAGAAGGAGAUGGCGAUGAUGGCACCGCGGCUGCCCCGGGUGCGAGCCAAGGUGGCACCGCUACAAGCGCACACGGAUGGCAUCAAGGUCGAACCGUGCCUUAAGUCGGAGCUCGACGACGACCUGAGCCCGACGAGCAGCAACGGCAGCACGAAACGCGGCGGCCGCUGGCUGGCCGAGGAGCACCAGCUCUUCCUCGAGGGUCUUCGUGCCUACGGGAAGAACUGGAAGAAGGUCGCACAGGUCGUGCCAACGCGGUCGACCGUGCAGAUCCGAACGCACGCGCAAAAGUUCUUCAAGCGCAUGUCCCAAGAGCGACUGUCCCCGACGGCGUCCGGGAAGGAGCAUCACAUCUACCUGGCGUCGGACGCUGAGGCCUCUGCAUGGUUUGAGCCCGUCGAACUCAUUGCAGACGACUGCCCAAGCGGCGCCAAGUUCUUUGACCAGCACCGCGACUUCUUCCCCGAGUUUCCCGACUUUGACGCGACCCUCGAGCAAUUUCAAUUUUGACGCGUUAAUUUAGAUGCCAACGCGGACGUUUGCCAAGUCAUUGUGACCGGCACGCGGUCUAGGAUAGAUUAACGCGUUCAAAUACACCCUGUACAAAGUCA